AAAAUUCGAUUAAAUUUCUAAGAUUAUUUUAAGAAUAUGUGAAUAUAAUUUUAUAUAAUGGAAGACAACAUUCAUCAUGAUAAAGGAUACACGACGAAGGCCGCUUUAAUGAAGUUGAGAAAUGACAUUGGUUCUGUAAUAGAUGAACAUAAAUUACAAAAUCGCAUGGGAAUUUGUAUACUGUGGAACAUCAUAUCAUUGAAAUCUGAGAAAGUCCUAGUAUCAGGAAUAGCUUACACUGUGACAAUAAUUAAUAUAAUAUGUUUAAUACUCACAUAUCUAAUUGGAGGAACCCUUUUAGCGCAAGGAUAUUUAUUAUGGGAGGCAUUAUUUUUAUUUGUCUUACUUGUAAUUAAUAUAUGCAUAGCAGCGAAUGAAGAAUAUUUGUACAGAAAUGAAAUUCCAUAUCGUGUCAAGAAGGUAUUAGAAACUCUAGAUAGAGCUGUAAAGAAGUGUUCAUGGAAAGAACAUCACUACCCACACCUAUGUGCACCCUUCUCGCCAUGUGUGAUCUUACAAUGGACAUACAGGGAUGGUGUUAUAGUAAACCUCCCGUGGGCGCUGUUGGUGGAAGGAGACAUAAUCGUGCUCAGACCAGGCCAGGAAGUGCCUGGGCAUUGCCAAGGAUUGUCGCCAGGUGACCCGGAACUAUUCUUUGGUCAGAUCUUCCUAUCAGGGUCACAGACAAAGGAGCAUUUUAGCGCACCGCGCGUGCGUACUCCGCACCCGAACAAAACGUAUAGAAUGUGCGAAACGCCUUACUUGAAAAACUUAAGACUGGCCCUAAACCAAGCAACGGCGAGACCUGUGACCGUAUUUGAGAAACAGAGGUACUUGUGCACGGUGAAGAUUCUGGAAGGUAUUGUACUGCCGAUAGUUAUAUCGCUAAUGGCCGCGACCAGUGUGGCGCGCCACUUGUGCCGCUUGACCGGCACGGCUCACUGGACGGAGAUAUACUUACUGCAAAUCGCAGCGGCUUCUGUGCCGUUGCUGCAGAUAUUCUUCCCCAUCGCUUGGGUGACGCUCAACUGCUACGGGUUGGCGAGGUUCAAACUAUUGUCGGAGACGCGACAGAUAUACACCCGCCCCAAAUCUUGCUCCAUAUCCGAGGAAGCUAGCGACCCGCUUAUAAAAGCGCUGAGCGAAUCUAACCUCAAAAUGGAGAGCUUGCGAUCCUUGAGCAAGACCUUCUGGAACAUUCUUAUUGGUAGAGAGGACAUGGUUACCAGGACAGCGAAUAUCGUACAUGUUUUGGGGUCCUUAUCGGCUCUGUGCUGUGUCGACAAAAAGGGUGUUUUGUCGUGGCCGAACCCGACAGCGGAGAAAGUGUUCUUCUUGCGCAAUUCGAGUCCAACUUCACACAAUUCCAGCAAAACUAGCCUAGUGGAUUCAAUGGGACACCAGAGUCAUAGCAAUCUCGAUCAAGUUGGCGAUACGAAACCAAACGCUGAAACUUCUACCAUCGUUGAGGUGCUGGAUCUUACUCACGACCAGAACGCGCCGUUUCGGGUAGAGUUCGACGAGCAAAGAUGGCGGACACACCUCGCGCGGCUCAAGCCAUUGGGUCUUGCUGCUUUGCUUAACACAUGCGCGCAAGCUCCCAGACAUACGUACGCACAUUUUUGCGCGCACCUCACAUGCGAGGCGCACUACAGUGAAGACCUAGUGCCCGUUACGAAUAGACGCUGCCUCUGCGAGUUGGCCAAGCAGAUUGGCUUCACUGACUCAGUAGCUAACUCCUACAGUGUACAAGAAUGCCUGGCGGUUUUCCGACAUUUGCAAGCGGACACGAUCAGACGGGAGACUCGUUUCGUCCGCUCUCUGCACCUGAGUACGCGAGUAAAGGUGCCCCUACCACAUAUGCUGGCCGUACUCGUGAAGGAUCACUCCCACCAGCUACAGAUGUUGACACAGGGCACGGCGGAUAUAAUCCUGGACUCGUGCGUGGAUUACUGGAACGGAAGGGAUCUGACGCCGAUCUCGCCUUCAGACCGCAAGAAAAUCAUUGACUUCUAUCAGCGUAAUUCGCUGACUGCUUAUUGCACGGCCUUCGCUUACAAACCCCUAACCCGUGGCAUAUCGUCGACCCUCGCACAACAGUACCUGGAACUGCCGGCAGACAGUCGCUCUCUGUACGCGCCGCAUUCGCACGACUGGCCGGACGCGCCCGCCCUACAUUUCCAUUCUACAGAUUCAUUGCUAUUUAACGAGAUAACGGAUGACGACGUCAGCGACGCUGAUGGAUAUUUUGACAUGCAAUGUAAUCAGGUUUUUAUAGGUAUGGUGACGAUGCAGUACCAGGCGCAAAGCGAUAUGGUGGAGUUGAUAGAACGCCUCGAGCGCGCCUGCAUUCGCUUCGUUCACUUCAGUAAGGAGAAUGAGUUGCGUUCGCGUGUCUUUAGCGAAAAAAUGGGCUUAGAAUCAGGAUGGAACUGCCACAUAUCACUUAUGAGCGAUCGGCCUACCAGCAAGCCGGGCUCUCCGCUGUCGUCUCAGACGCUGGGCCGCGAGCGCGGCAACACUGCGUCGCAACUGACUAGACCCGACACUGGUGACGUCACUACAUAUAGUGGGAACAUAUCGUCAUCAAAAGUUCUAUCAAUGUCAGCGCCUGGCGCCAUUAACGUAGAACACACCACAGUCAAGUUUGAUGAUGAAAUUAAGAAGACCCGCCAUUCUCUAACGACGCACCAAGGAUUGAAGCAGCUUCAACGCGGGAGCGUGGCCACGAGCCAAGCGUCCACGGACUCGCUGCUCAAUGACGACGCGGAGGACACGGGCGAGUCGCCCCCGGACGCAUGCCGCUCCCUGUCUUGCCUCACGGACUCCACGGACCACUCCGCGCCGCUUAACUUCGACAUGAGCAAUCGGGCAAAACUCCCGCGAGGUAUCGAGAACAUUCGACCACACAUCGAGCAAGUUGAUAACGUCCCGCUACUAGUCUCCCUGUUUACGGAUUGCACCGCUAACUCCGUGCAUCGGAUGAUACAGAUCAUGCAGGACUACGGCGAAGUGGUUUGUGUUAUGGGUUCUGCAGCAAAUUGCCAGAACAUGGAGAUAUUCAUGCAGGCAGAUGCAAGCAUAGCAAUGGAGCCACUUUACCCCGUGUUGUGCCAAAAGAUGCCACCCUACCAAGUGCCGCAGACUUGCAUCGGACCCAUCGAUCUGGCGAGGUCACUCAAUUCAGUACCUUGCUCCUUAUCGCUGAAAAAUAAAUGGCAAACUCAACCGUACACCAACAGCUAUUGUAACACCGAGCUGGCGCGCGCGGCGGACGUGUCGCUCUUUGCGCUAAUCACGAUGUCGCGCCACUUCACCAUGUGCCUGUGGAACACCACGCAGUUCUGGAUAUGCAGCGCAUGCUUCCUCUCCUUGAUACAGGUGAUGUCGGUGAUGUGCUACGGCAUUGGCGCGCUGACCGUGGGCGGCGCCACGUGGUGCUCUCUGGUGGGUGCGGUGCUGUCCAGCGCGUUGGGCUUCGCACCACCACCCUCCGCACUUAUGCUCCGAGCCGCUACGAGACCCGCGCUCUCUUUCAGCCCCCGUAUGGCGCUCUUCAUAUUUUGGUGUUACGGCUGCAAGUUCCUACCGUCAAUCGUAUCGAUCUUACUCCUCUACGGCCUUACGCUUAGGAACUUCUGCGAGCAAAUAGCGGAGUUCACUAACUCCACGUCCUGUUGGCUGGUAUACCCCGUGAACGCGGGGAACAGUUGUCUCAGCGAGGAUCUAGCCGAAAAGAGCUGGCACGGGUGGGGAGAUGAAUUCUACGACGGGUUGUAUCUGGCGCAGCAUAUCACACUUGCGCUUGUCACUUUACAUCUAGUUAUAAUAUCGCUGUCGUUCGUACAUCGACACUCGUCUAUAUGGCAGAGGAGGUUUUGGUCUAACAGAGUUUGGUCUACGAGAGUGGUGCUUAUAAUAUUAAUACAAGGCACAUUCAGCGGUUUGUUGCUGCGCGGCUCGUACGGGCAGUGCGGCGAGUGCGGUGCGUGCGAGCUGCGUUACACGCCCGCCUGGCCGCUGUGCGGCGCGUACGCGGGCUCACUGCUACUCGUCUUCCUGCUUAACGAGCUCAUCAAGUGGCAGGAGAUCAAGGCUGAUGCUCGCAACCAAAGGAGGGCCCGGUUGGACUUCGGGACAAAACUGGGAAUGAACUCGCCGUUUUAAACAACGCUACAAAUGUCUAGUCAAUUACGCUUUAGUAGGAUUGUAAACGAUUAACGAACAGUUGCAAUUUAGUUUUAAGCAAAUGUACUUUUUUGUACCUAACCAAUAUUUUGUACUUAAUUUAUUUUAUUGAAUAAGUUUGAGACAUUGAUUUUUUUUAAUAAAAUAUAUUCUCAUAACAUGCAUUUCAAUUA